UGCAGCUCCAUAUAUACAAGGAAAUCAAUCGAGCAUAUCGCCUGCAAGCAGUAGCAACCGAGAGAGAUGUCCAUGGCCGCCGCCGCAGCAGCGAUCACGGCGGUGCUCCUGGCCGCGUUAAUGGCACGAGCGUCGGCGGCGGCGGCAGGAAGAGUCUGGGCCGACGAGGAGAAGGGAGCACAUAACGGCACGGCGAGAAGACAGGUCACGUACGACGGCAGAAGCCUGAUGCUGGACGGCGCCAGGAGGAUGCUCUUCUCCGGCGAUAUACACUACCCAAGAAGCACACCUGAGAUGUGGCCAAGACUCAUAGAGAGCGCCAGGGAAGGUGGCCUGGAUGUCAUACAGACAUACGUCUUCUGGAAUGUCCAUGAGCCUAUCCAAGGUCAGUACAACUUCGAAGGAAGAUACGAUCUUGUGAAGUUCAUCAGAGAAAUCCAUGCUCAAGGCCUCUAUGUGAGCCUCCGGGUCGGCCCAUUCAUCGAGGCAGAAUGGAAAUACGGAGGCUUGCCAUUUUGGUUGCGCGGUGUCCCAAACAUUACCUUCAGAUGCGACAAUGAACCCUACAAGGUACAUAUGCAAAAGUUUGUUGCUAAAAUAGUUAACAUGAUGAAGGAUGAAAAAUUAUACUAUCCACAAGGAGGUCCCAUAAUCAUAUCACAGAUUGAGAACGAAUAUAAGCUAGUCGAGGGAGCAUUUCAUUCAAGGGGACCACCUUAUGUUCGCUGGGCAGCAGCAAUGGCUGUAAACCUUCAGACCGGCGUUCCAUGGAUGAUGUGCAAACAAGACGAUGCUCCAGAUCCCAUCAUUAAUACCUGCAACGGGCUCAUCUGCGGGGAAACAUUUAUUGGGCCAAAUAAGCCAAACAAGCCAGCUUUAUGGACCGAAAAUUGGACAUCUCGCUAUCCUUUAUAUGGUCAUGACCCAAGAUACAGAUCACCAGCAGAUAUUGCCUUUGCAGUUGCACUUUUUAUAGCAAGAAAAAAAGGAAGCUUUGUAAGCUACUACAUGUAUCAUGGCGGGACAAACUUCGGGAGGUUUGCAUCCUCCUAUGUAACAACAAGCUACUAUGAUGGAGCUCCACUUGACGAAUAUGGUUUAAUAUGGCAAUCAACAUGGUCUCAUCUGAGAGAAUUGCAUGCUGCAGUAAAGCAAUCUGAAGAACCACUACUUUCAGGAUCAUAUUCUACUUACUCAUUUGGUGAGCAACAAGAGGGACAUGUUUUUGAAACUGAGUCCAACUGUGUGGCUUUCCUAGUGAACUUGGACAAGCAUAAAACAUCAAAUAUCCAAUUUGGUGAAGCAUCAUUCCAGCUAGCUCCUAAAUCAAUAAGUAUCCUCUCAAGUUGCAGGAGGGUAGUAUUUGAAACAGCCAAGGUAAAUGCACAGCAUGGUUUAAGAACAGCACAAGUUGUCCAGUCUCUGAACAAUGUUGAUACCUGGAAAAUAUUCAAAGAACCGAUUCCUCUGGCAAUAAACAACACCACACACAUUGGACAUCGAUUUUUUGAACAUCUCUCAACUACAAAAGAUGAGACAGAUUAUCUCUGGUACCUUACUAGAUAUGAUUAUAGAUCAAAUGGGGAUACCCAGCUAGUGCUUAAUGUGGAGUCACAAGCACAUGUUUUACAUGCUUACAUCAACAAUGAUUAUGUAGGUAGUGUGCAUGGGAGUCAUGAUGGACCUAGAAAUAUCAUUCUCAAGACACCUAUUACGCUAAGGAAAGGACAAAACUCCAUAUCACUGCUAAGUGUCAUGGUUGGAUCACCGGACUCUGGAGCGUACAUGGAGCGAAGAAUUUUUGGAGUUCGUAAAGUGAGCAUACAACAGGGAGAUCACAAAUCACAUUCUCUGAAUAAUGAGCUGUGGAAACACCAAAUUGGCUUAUCUGGAGAAAUGAAUAAUAUAUACACACCGGAAGGAUCAUCUCGUGCGCAAUGGACUGCCAUCAAUAAGUCCAUGCACCUUCCACUUAUCUGGUACAAGACGACAUUUGACACACCAUGGGGGAAUGACCCAGUCACGCUGAACCUCAGCAGUAUGGGGAAGGGUGAGGUGUGGAUCAAUGGAGAGAGCAUCGGACGGUAUUGGGCCUCCUUCAAAACCCCUAGCGGACAACCAUCCCAGUCCUUGUACCACGUACCACAAUACUUUCUGAAGCCUAGAGAGAACACCCUCGUCCUCAUGGAGGAAAUGGGUGGUGAUCCGCUACAGAUAAGCGUGAACACAAUGUCGGUUACCCGAGUAUACAGUAGUGUGAAUGAGUUAUCCACCCCAUCACUCUUGUCACGCAGAAAGCACCCAGCAGUUCGGCUCCGGUGUCAGCAAGGCAAACGCAUCACGGAUAUUGAGUUUGCGAGCUACGGAAAUCCGGCUGAGGACUGCAGAAGCUCUAGCAGGAGCUGCCUCGGGAGUUGCCACGCAGAGACAACGGAGUUUGUCGUAAAGGAUGCUUGCCUAGGCAGAAGGAAGUGCGCGAUUCCGGUACGGCCUGCCAAGUUCGGAGGCGACCCGUGCCCUGGGAUCGAAAAAUCACUUUCAGUUGUGGCAAGCUGCGGAUGAGUAGGAUGGGAAUUGCUACUAUCAUGGCGUGAUUAACCAACACUCAGUUUGCACAAAUUUGUUGUCACAGGGUCCAAACACUGUACUAAAUCUGAACUACAGAUAGAGCAGUACUGUAUCCACAUGUUAAAAUGUACAGGAGAAGUGGAGU